AUGGACAUUAUUUCGUUGGAUUGGCUGGGAUUGCCGGCGGCUCGAGACGAAGCAGCAGAACAAAAACAACAUGGAGCAUUGCAUGCCUUUUUCAGUACAUCUAGUUCUUCAGCUUCUAAUUCAACGGAUGAUGUUGACAAAACUAGCAGAACAAAUCUUCCUAAAAACGCGACACCAUUGCCAAUAUCAACAUCUACUCCUGAAAGAACCUCUUUACCAAUUGUCACAAUUUCAUCUGCUGCUACCAACGCUGUUAUUAAUUCCAAUGUAGACGAUAGUGUUAAUUACGUGCCAUUGCUCAAAAAGUCGCGUAAUGAAUCUGGAGUGCUUGGGUCAGUGAGCCCUACAAACUCUCAGACUCUUGAAGAGGAAUCUGCAAAGUCCAAACUACCAUCCAUUUCGUCAGAUCCCGCAACUUGGAAUAUUACAGACAAAAUAAGACCAAUUCUAAUCGAACAAAGAUCCACCCAAAUACGUAAUUUUAAUUUUCCAUGCGACGUCAAAGGCAGACAUUUCUCGCCUAACCACUAUGAGCGCCGAUUAAAUAAUGGCGAGAUAGUAUCCCGACCAUGGUUGAUAUAUUCAGUAUCGAAAAAUUCAGUGUACUGUUUCUGCUGUCUACUUUACUCCAAAGAUCGUGCGCACUGGCCUGUGACAGGUACAUCAGACUGGACCCAUCUGACACGAAAUAUUUCUGCACAUGAAAAAUUCCAUGAACAUUACAAAGCCUUCCAACAAUGGAAAGAAUUUGAUUCGCGAUUGAAAAUAGGCAGAACAAUAGAUGCUGAACAUCAACGCGUCAUGGAAAAUGAAAUCAAACAUUGGCGUGAGGUCUUAAAACGCAUAAUUGCUGUUCUACAAUUUCUCGGCAGUCAAUCCCUUGCUUUGCGUGGAACAACUAGUACACUGUAUGAUCGUCAUAACGGAAAUUUUUUAAAGUUGAUUGAACUGCUCGGUAACUUUGACACAACCACGGCAGAACACUUGCGUCGCGUAAUUGCUCAUGAAACACAUUAUCAUUACUUCAGCAACACAAUACAGAACGAAUUAAUUUUAUUGAUUUCAAAUAAAAUACGAGAAUGUAAUGUCGAGAACUACCUUGAGUGA